AUGCUGCCCACAAAGGGCGUAUAUAUCUUCGUCAAGUUACUCUAUUAUACCUCUAUCUUCGACAAGUUACUCUAUUAUACCCCUAUCUUCGUCAAGUUACUCUAUUAUACCUCUAUCUUCGACAAGUUACUCUAUUAUACCCCUAUCUUCGUCAAGUUACUCUAUUAUACCCCUAUCUUCGUCAAGUUAUUCUAUUAUACCCCUAUCUUCGUCAAGUUACUCUAUUAUACCCAUAUCUUCGUCAAGUCAUUCUAUUAUACCCCUAUCUUCGUCAAGUUACUCUAUUAUAUCCCUAUCUUCGUCAAGUCAUUCUAUUAUACCCCUAUCUUCGUCAAGUUACUCUAUUAUACCUCUAUCUUCGACAAGUUACUCUAUUAUACCCCUAUCUUCGUCAAGUUACUCUAUUAUACCCCUAUCUUCGUCAAGUUAUUCUAUUAUACCCCUAUCUUCGUCAAGUUACUCUAUUAUCCCCAUAUCUUCGUCAAGUUACUCUAUUAUACCCAUAUCUUCGUCAAGUUACUCUUUUAUACCCCUAUCUUCGACAAGUUACUCUAUUAUACCCCUAUCUUCGUCAAGUUACUCUAUUAUACCCCUAUCUUCGUCAAGUUAUUCUAUUAUACCCCUAUCUUCGUCAAGUUACUCUAUUAUCCCCAUAUCUUCGUCAAGUUACUCUAUUAUACCCAUAUCUUCGUCAAGUUACUCUAUUAUACCCCUAUCUUCGUCAAGUUACUCUAUUAUACCCCUAUCUUCGUCAAGUUACUCUAUUAUACCCCUAUCUUCGUCAAGUUAUUCUAUUAUACCCCUAUCUUCGUCAAGUUACUCUAUUAUACCCCUAUCUUCUUCAAGUUACUCUAUUAUACCCCUACCUUCGUCAAGUUACUCUAUUAUACCCAUAUCUUCGUCAAG